UGAGCAACGUGUAAGGGGAAGGAAACAAGAUUUUGGACCACCAUUUGCUUUCCUGGAUGCAAAAAAGUCUUUUGAGGGGUUGAAUAAGGAAAAAUGGCCAAGCGCACCUUCUCUACAUUAGAGACGUUCCUGAUUUUCCUUCUCGUAAUGAUGACUGCUAUCACGGUGGCCCUUCUCAGCCUCUUGUUUAUCACCAGUGGGACCAUUGAAAAUCCCAAAGGCAAGUCCGCCCAGGGCUCCACACUCACACAAGGCCCCACAGCCACCCAGGUGUCCCCAGUGACUACUACCCCAGAGCCUCCUCUAUUUCAGAACUUCAGUGGCUACCACAUAGGUGUUGGGCGAGCUGACUGCACAGGACAAGUAGCGGAUAUCAAUAUGAUGGGCUACAGCAAAAGUGGCCAGAAUGCACGGGGCCUCCUCACCAGGUUGUACAGUCGUGCUUUCAUCAUGGCAGAGCCUGAUGGGUCCAAUCGAAUGGCAUUUGUGAGCGUCGACAUAGGCAUGGUAUCCCAACGAUUGAGGCUGGAGGUCCUGAACAGACUCAAGAGUAAAUAUGGCUCCCUGUACAGAAGAGACAAUGUGAUCCUGAGUGGCACUCACACGCACUCGGGUCCAGCAGGAUAUUUCCAGUAUACCGUGUUUAUAAUUGCCAGCGAAGGAUUUAGCAAUCGAACUUUUGAAUACAUGGUCACUGGCAUCAUGAAGAGCAUUGAGAUAGCACACACAAAUAUGAAACCAGGAAAGAUCUUUAUGAAUAAAGGAAUUGUGGAUGGGACGCAGAUCAACCGAAGCCCCUAUUCUUACCUUCAAAAUCCACUGGCAGAGAGAUUAAGGUAUUCUUCGAAUACAGACAAGGAAAUGCUAGUCUUGAAAAUGGUAGAUUUGAAUGGAGAGGACUUGGGUCUUAUCAGCUGGUUUGCCAUCCACCCUGUCAACAUGAACAACAGCAAUCAUCUUGUAAAUAGCGACAAUAUGGGCUAUGCAUCUUACCUGUUUGAGCAAGAGAAGAACAAAGGACAUUUACCUGGACAGGGGCCGUUCGUAGCAGCCUUUGCUUCAUCAAACCUAGGAGAUGUGUCCCCCAACAUUCUCGGCCCACGUUGUGUCAACACGGGGGAGUCCUGUGAUAACGCCAACAGCUCUUGUCCCAUUGGUGGGUCUUCCAUGUGCAUGUCCAGGGGACCUGGACAGGAUAUGCUCGACAGCACACAAAUUAUAGGACGGAUCCUAUAUCAGAGAGCUACGGCGCUGUAUGCCUUGGCUUCCCAUGAGUUAACUGGACCACUGACUUCGGCUCAUCAGUGGGUGAAUAUGACGGACGUCACCGUCUCACUCAAUUCCACACACACGGCAAAGACAUGUAAACCAGCGCUGGGCUACAGUUUCGCAGCUGGCACAAUCGAUGGAGCUGGGGCCUUCAACUUCACGCAGGGGACAACAGUACCAGAUCCAUUUUGGGAAACUCUUCGGGAUCAGCUCUUGGGCAGGCCAUCUGAUGAAAUCAAAGAGUGUCAUAAACCAAAGCCAGUCCUUAUUCACACUGGAGAGCUGUCCAAACCUCAUCCCUGGCACCCAGAUAUUGUUGACGUUCAGAUCAUUACUCUUGGGUCCUUGGCCAUAACUGCUAUCCCUGGGGAGUUAACGACCAUGUCUGGACGAAGAUUUCGGGAGGCAAUUAAAGCAGAGUUUGCAACUUAUGGGAUGCGGGAUAUGACUGUUGUUAUUUCAGGUCUAUGCAAUGUAUAUACACAUUACAUUGCCACCUAUGAAGAAUACCAGGUUCAGCGGUAUGAGGCAGCAUCUACAAUUUAUGGACCACACACCCUGUCUGCUUACAUCCAGCUCUACAGAGGCCUUGCUAAGGCCAUUGCUACGGACACAGUGGCCAAUCUGAGCAGAGGUCCAGAGCCUCCAUUUUUCAAAGAACUGAUAAAACCAUUAAUUCCUAAUAUUGUGGAUAGAGCACCAAUAGGCAAGAAUUUUGGGGAUGUCCUGCAGCCGUUGAAUUCUAAAUACAGAGUGGGAGAAGUUGCUGAAGUUACAUUUGUAGGUGCUAACCCAAAGAAUUCAGCAGAAAAUCGGACCCAUCAGACUUUCCUCACUGUGGAGAAAUAUGAGGACGCUUCAGCGACAUGGCAGGUAGUGCAUAAUGAUGCCUCCUGGGAGACUCGUUUCUAUUGGCACAAGGGAUUACUGGGUCAUAGCAAUGCAACGAUACAAUGGCAUAUUCCAGAUACUGCCAAGCCUGGGAUCUACAGAAUAAGAUACUUUGGACACAAUCGGAAGCAGGACUUUCUCAAGCCCGCUGUCAUACUUUCAUUUGAAAGUACUUCCUCCGAUUUUGAAGUUGUAACUACUUAGUGAAAAGUUGACACCGCAUUUAAAGUUUUGCUCUGUAUAA